AUGGAAGAAGAUUUUGAUUUAGAUGCCGAAUCUGAAAAUUCUGAUAUCAGCAAAGAAGAUAGUCGGCACGAUUCAGAAGAGGACGAAGAUUAUGACUCUGAGGAAUUCCGGGGAUUCGGGGACUAUGAUGAUGACGAUGAUGAGACAAUUGGAGCCGAAGUUGUACCUGAUGAGGGUGCGUCUGAGCACCCAAACAUCACAAAAGCCGCUGGGGCAUAUGUUCCGCCGCACUUGAGAGCGAAGCAAGUGGUACUCGAGGGGAACAAGGAAACCGAUGAGCAAACAAAGUUGAAACGGCAAGCGCAAGGUCUGCUGAAUCGGUUGAGCGAGCAAAAUAUUGGUUCGAUUUUGACAGAAAUCGAGGGAUUAUAUCGAAAUUUCAGUCGCAAUGAUACUACAACGAUCGUAACGAGAUUGGUUCUCGACACGGUCUCAUCGCGCUCCAAUUUGCUCGACUCCUUUGUUAUUUUGCAUGCGGCGCUUGUGGCAAGUCUGACCAAAAUCGUUGGCAUCGAGUUCGCGGCAAGUUUCAUCUACGAUCUUGUCACUUCUUAUAAGAAACAUUACUCGAUACUGCAGGCCGCUAUGGAAUCGCACUCUGUUGAUGAGGAGCGUGGGAAAGAAUGCACGAAUCUGAUCGUUCUCCUUUCGGAACUGUACAAUUUCCAGGUUAUUUCGUCCAUCCUGCUCUAUGAUGUGAUCCGCGAUCUGCUAGAUGGCGAUUUGGCGGAGUUCAACGUAGAGCUCUUGCUUAAGUUGCUGAAGAACUCAGGAACCCAAUUACGACACGAUGAUCCGAAUGCACUUAAUGACAUCGUUGCUAUCGUGCAACAAAAGACAUCAAACCCGAAUUCUGGAGCCUUGGGAUCAAGGGCAAAGUUUAUGCUCGAGACGUUGUCGCAUCUGAAGAAUAAUAAGUCCAAGGCUGUUCAGAAUCAGGCCGUGGCGACCGAGGCAACCACCCGCAUGAAGAAGUUCCUGGGCGGACUCGGAAAAUCUCAUACAAUUCGAUCGCACGAAACUUUGAGAGUUUCUCUCGCUGAUUUGUUAUCAUCGGAUCAGAAAGGCAAGUGGUGGCUCGUAGGAGCCGCCUGGACUGGAGAUCCGCUCGUCGAUCACAGGGAUGAAUUGGCUGUGGAGAAGGCUCCUGCUGUCUCAGAAAGCGCUAUUCUCAAGCUGGCGAAGAAGCAGGGGAUGAAUACCGAUGUGAGACGGAAGAUCUUCGAUUACGUGAAUGCUCAUGAGCAACUCAGCCAACUCAAGCUUACGGAAAUUCAGCAGCGCGAAAUCAUCCGCGUCCUGCUUCAUUGCUGUGGCAUCGAGAAAACGUACAACCCUUUCUAUGCUCUUGUCGCCCAAGAACUCUGCAAAGAUUCUCACAGUCACAAAGUCACACUGCAGUUCUGUCUGUGGGAUUUCCUUAGGGAACUUGGUGAGGCCGAGGUCGGGGGUACAGAGGUCGUGAAAUCCGCCCGCGACCGAGAGUCCGUCGUGGAUUUUGACGUGACUACCGCCAAGAACCGCGUUCAGAACGUGGCAAAAGUGUACGCGUGGCUCAUAGCGAAAGGCGCAGCGAAUCUGAUGAUUUUCCGACCCGUCAACUUCACUGCUUUGCAGCCUCGCACAGUGAUGUUCUUCCAGAUCUUCCUGGUCUAUAUGAUUCUCGACACUCAAUUGCGACAUCCGAUUGUCGAUGCUGAUAACAAGCUCCAAAUCCCAAAAAAGCAUAAUGAUGAGGCGCUGGAGGAAGUUGUAAUGAAAGCGGCCAGCAAUGGUGGACUUGCGAAAGGCUUGAUAUACUUCGUCUCAAAGCUGCCCCCAUCGACUGAUCAGUGCUCCAAAUCCAUAGCGGAAACGACAGAAUGGGGAUUGGAGGUCAUCCGUGAUACUUUAAAGGCGGGGAUGGAUUUAGCUGCCACACUUGCGUGACCAUCCUUCCAUACCACCAUUGUACAUUUGACUUCUAGAUUUUGUUUGGACAUGAUAC